AUGUGCGGCGCCGUCGGCUUUACGGCGCUCUUCGUGCACUUCUCGCUGCUCGCCGCUGCCCACCUCGAGGCCAUCAAGAGGGACCUCUGCCGGCCCGCGUGUCGCCUGCCAUCCCUCGUGCGCCAUCACCAGGGCGUGCUCAGGUUCCUUGCAGAAAUGGAGGACGUCUACAACCUGAAGGCCACGUUUGAUCUUACCACAGUACAAAUGCUGAUGUUCUUCGCUAUUUACUUCUGUAACGUCGCCGUAAUUUGCUACUUCGGCAGUAUGAUAACGUCACAGGCGGAGAGCGUGCGGCUGUCGGCGUACUGCAGCGAGUGGCCGGAGCGCGACCUGGCCUUCCGGCGCGGCGUGUUGCUGGUGAUGGCGCGCGCGACCCGGGGCGCCACACUCACCGUGGGCCGCUGCAAGCCCGUCUCCAUCCGCACCUUCUCUGCAAUGUUGCAGGAGUCCUUCUCGUACCUCAUGGUGAUGCUGAGCAUCGCCAGGAGGAACGCUGCACUCGGCGAGGACGACUGGAUGCAGACGACAACUCAAGGCGCCAACUCCACAGUCGCCACUCACCACUGA